AUGAGCCAGGAGUUUCCGGCCACAUCCGGUGAUGGACAGCCUCUGGGGGACCGGGAGAGUCCCCCCUCGGAGUUCUCCCCCGCGCUACACCGCUGCGGUCUGCCCGUGGACCGAUGCUCCAGUCGUGAGAAGGGUCAGCCGCUCUGCAUGGAGCAGUACUACCGCAUCAUGACCACCUACCGCCGGCCCGGCGUGAAGAGGGACUAUCAGCUGGACACGACCAUCGCCCAGUCCCAGUACAUCCUGGUCUGCUGUAAAGGACAGCAAUUCACCGUCGCUCUCACUGAAGACUGGCAGCCGCUCACUGUAGACGAGCUGGCCUUCCAGUUUCUGCGCUGCCAGCAGAUGGCAGGCCAGUUGCCACCCUCUGCACAGGUGGCGCUGCUGACCGCCGACGACCGCAGAGUAUGGGGCAAAAACCGGCAGGCACUCAUUGAUGCGGACGAGCUGAACGCUGAAGCUCUGACCACCAUCGAGAACUGCUUGUUCGUCGUCUGUCUCGACGAUCCGCUCCCGACUUCGUUCAACGGUCGGAAGCGACUCAGUUUUGACGGGGGAGUGAGCGAUGGAAGGGAUGACACGGCGAUGGCUCAUCAGGCGCUGCACGGUGGAGGAACGCUGUACAAUACGGCGAACAGGUGGUUUGAUAAGACCAUACAGCUUAUCGUCUCGCCGGACGGCAUGUCGGGCCUCUGUUACGAACACUCUGCCGCCGAGGGCAUCGCUGUCGUUCAGCUGAUGGAACAACUGGUGGCCGCAGCUGACCGAGAUGACGUCACUAUGACGGCACCCACCCGCCAGCUGGAGGCGCCCUAUCACAUAGAGUGGUUCCCCAAUGAUGACAUCAAACAGAGGAUUGAUACCAGCAGUGAGGCAGUAGACAGAUUGAUUGACGAUCUGGAUUUUCUGGUGUUACGAUUCCCUGAGUACGGCAAAAACUUCAUCAAGAGCGUCCGAUGCAGUCCAGACGCCUAUCUCCAGCUGGCGCUUCAGCUGGCCUAUUACAGGAGUCAUGACGAGCUAGUGGCGACCUACGAGUCGGCGUCGAUCCGCCGAUUCCGCCAGGGGCGGGUGGACAACAUCCGCGCGGUGACCCCGCAGGCCCUGGCCUGGGUCAAGGCCAUGGAUGACAUCAGCACGACCCGAGGAGAGCGCGUGCAGCUGUUCCGUGCCGCCCUCCAGCAGCAGACUGAGAUUAUGGUGGAGAACAUCCUCGGGCAGGGCAUAGACCUUCACCUGCUAGGUCUGCAGGAGAUGGCCAAAGAACUGGGCAUGAAGGAGCCCGAACUGUUCCGGCACGAGACGUACAGGAUCGCCAACCAUUUCGGACUGUCCACGAGUCAGGUGCCCACCAAGAGUGGCGACACGUUCAUGGGUUACGGCGCCGUGGUACCCGACGGCUACGGCUGCUCCUACAACCCUCAGCCGGACAGCAUCACCUUCUGCAUCGGCUCCUUCCACGCCUGCGACAUGACCUCAUCGGAGACGUUCGCCAACUCCAUCACCGAGAGCCUCAACAUGAUGCAUGACCUGCUGAAGUCGGAUACGUGGACUAGCGAUAUGUAGGCUUGAGGAUGAUGCAAGGGUGAGUAGUGAAGGCGGUAAAUGAGAGGAAUGUGAAGAAGUAUAGCACGUUCAAGUGUACGAGGAAAAUGUCUCCCUCUCAAGGAAAAGAUGGGAGGAGGAAUGGCUGAUGCAAAAUCCAAGUCAAAACGAGCAGAUGAUAUAGACUAUAUCUCUGUGAUACAGAGUAGAAGGCAAGAAAAUGUUGGACGUCAAAACGUUCGGGUGAACCGUCUGAAAAAAGCAGGGUUGCUACAUGAACAAGGAAAGUGACUUGGAGGCUGGAGCUGACAGCAGAGACGUUUGAAGAUCUGGUAUACAUUACAUACAUAUUGGACAUUGGAACUGGGAGUGGAUAGCUUAUGGAAAUGUCAUUGCCAGACUUAGUUGCACGGCAACAGACAACUAACGCAGAAAAGAAGUCCACGAUACCAGAUAUAAAUCAUUAGUUAGGCUAGCCCAGAGCUGGUAUAUACCAUGUACUCAAAACAUUGCAUUCGAUAUGAUUCUAUGCUGAGUCGCACAUAGCCUGAGCCAGGCUAUUUUCGCAUAGAAUUGCCUAUCAAUAUCAGAUAGCGAUAAUGUUUUGACGCAUAACAUGCAAGCACUUGAACAGCAGUGGAUCUCAGCAAAAGGAUAUUGAAAUGCUAAUGCAUAGUUGCCAUGCAAUCACUGAGCCGUUGUGCUGUGCGCACAUAUUUGUAGAAGGAAA